UUUUUAUUUAUUUAUGUUACACAGAGAACGGUCCCCAAACGAGCGAAUGAGCCCAUCCAAAGACUCAAACUUCCCUCCUCUCCUCCUUCAGUCAACUUCCAUCGACCACGAGCAACCAUCGCCGGCGACGGAUCGCACUCACCGCCGGGACCUGCCGAGCUUUCAUUCUCCCCAUUCCUCAACCUCGAGGGUUCCAUGCCCUGGAUCAUGGGCUUUAUCUGCACCAUCUGCCGCUACCUGGACGGGAAGCUCAAUUCUCGUCGCGCUAAGGCGGAUGGUGAAGCUACCGAAACUUCCGACCUCUUCUUCGCCCUCCAUACGCUUCAAGUCGCCACCAAUUUCUUCUCCGACUUGAACCAGCUCGGUCAUGGCGGCUUUGGUCCCGUCUACAAGGGGCUGAUUCCGAAUGGCCAAGAAAUCGCGGUGAAGAAGCUAUCCUUGACUUCAAGACAAGGAGUAAGAGAAUUCACCAAUGAAGUGAAGUUGCUGUUGAAGCUCCAGCACAAGAAUCUGGUUACAUUGUUGGGUUGCAGUGUGGAAGGCCCUGAGAAGAUGCUUGUUUAUGAGUAUCUGCCGAACAAGAGCCUCGAUUACUUCCUCUUUGGUAAAUACCUCAUAAAUUUUGUAGAUACAAAGAAAGCUUCUUCACUGGAUUGGACAACAAGAUUCCAUAUAGUUACAGGGGUGGCGAGGGGGCUUCUUUAUCUCCACGAAGAAGCCCCCAUGAGAAUCCUUCACAGGGACAUCAAAGCCAGUAAUAUAUUGCUGGAUGAGAAACUGAGUCCAAAGAUAUCGGAUUUCGGCCUUGCCAGGUUGUUUCCGGAGGAAGACACACAUGUAAACACAUUUAGGAUAUCUGGUACUCAUGGUUACAUGGCCCCAGAGUAUGCAAUGCAUGGAUAUCUUUCUGUGAAGACCGACGUCUUCAGUUAUGGUAUUCUACUCUUGGAAAUCAUAAGUGGGAGGAAGAAUCUUGAUCCCAGACUCGGUCCAGACAAUGCUGAUGUCUUGAAUUCUGCAUGGAAACUCUAUCAAGCAGGAGAGACACUGGAGUUGCUCGACCCUAGCCUCGGCGACAGUUAUAACAGAGAUGAAGUGGGGAUGUGCAUUCAAAUAGGGCUACUGUGUUGUCAACAAACUGUUGUCGAUAGGCCUGACAUGAACUCGGUUCACCUCAUGCUUUCGAGUGACUCGUUUACUUUGCCAGCACCGGGUAAACCUGGGCUGCAAGGCCGAACAGGAAGGUUGAUAUCUACAAAUGGCACCACUUCUGCUUUGACCAACACUAGCCCCCCUAGCACUAUGGAAUCCGGUGGUAGCAGAGGUUCUGGAGGGAACGGUAUCAAUGUUGUUGAGGAUUAUUCCCGAAACUCCAUCUCUAUCUCCUCCAUUGAUGGAGGUAGAUAAAAUAGGAUCAAAGCCUCUACAUGUUUAUGUGAAGCCAUAGGAUGUUCUACUGUUAGUCUGUUACGUUUCCUACAUUAUAAUUUUUUUUUUAAUCAUUGCAUGUUAAAAUACUUUAGGGUGAUAUUUAACUGUAUUUUCAUAAUCUUCUUUGCAAGUUUCGGUUAGGCUGAAUAUCUCUCGCCAACGUGAAUAUAUGACAAAUUACCCC